AUGGACACUGAAGUUGGCAAAAAUUUGCCGGCAAGAGUCCUCUACCUUAAAAAAAGAAGUAAACAAGGAAACAUUUUAUGUUUCUUGCGGCUAUAAUGUUGACAAAUCCACCCAUCGAUAGAAGCGUACAAGUUUUGGUUCGGCAUGGUUGAAAUUUGGUACGGACAGGUUGUUUACACUGCAAAUUUUAUCCGAGCCGAACCGUCUUUUUGGGACCCGUGCCAUUUUCCCCCCCAGCCGUGCCAAAAAUUUUCUGUAAUGUAAACCGGGCUUUAGUGUUAUAUGCUAUAACUGAUGUAAAGAUAACUGGUCUUAAAUCAUAUAUUUGAAAAUCAUAUACAGAAUCAAUUCAAACUUUUACAAGCUAAGCUUCCAUGUUAAUCAACGGAGCCUUCUCCAAUGGCGAAGGGACUCUCUAUCGUAUUAUUUUUUUAAAGUAGAUGCUGUAGAUGCCUAUAGCUUUGUAUCAUAUUCACUACUUUAACAUUGCUCAUACACCGAAUGCUUGUUUACCUCUCAAAAUUUUGCAAAAGCAUUGUAGUCUAUUUUUCUUGAGACGACUGGAAAAAGGAAAAAUCAGAAACUAAUUACAAAUUUUGGGGAUAAAAAGGCGUAUUAUGGGCAAUGUGUAAAUGGUGAAUCAACAGGAUAAAAAGCAUUUUGAUUAAAUCUAAUUUAUAUGCAAGAGUAUUGAAAUCUAUUCGACGGCUGUGUAAACUAUUCAGAAUGUUUAGUAGCAUAGAUACCAAAAUUGUUUUCCAUUUUCUAAGUGUUGACUCGUUCAUGCCCACUAUUCAAAUCCCAUGUAUUGAAGAGAUCAAUAAACACUUUAUUCUGGAUUAACAUGUAAAAUGAAAAUAAUUUUAAAAUCACAUAAACUAAAUAAUACUAACGGUUUUUUAUAUUCGAACGAAAUCAGUAUUUUCCUGCCAAUUUAAACGAAUUCUUAACAUAGACCUCCUGUAGACCACUGUUUCAGAUAAUCAUUGGAUCACCAGCUCACAUUUUUAGUAGAUCAAUUAAUAAAUGUUUUUCUUUUCUGUCUUUUUGCCUAUCAAACGUUGGAGUAGCAGACAUUGGAUUUGGCUGAACUAUUAAACUCCCUCUACGUUGUUUGCAUUAAUUAGUUAAACUGUAAAACGCACAAAUGCAAAUCAGCCUAAUAAUUACUUAAUAACUGGGAAUUCAUCAAGAUCUGUGUUCCUUCGGGUGUUGGAAACUUCUUCAGGAUGCAAUUCAAUGCAAAUUUAUCUUUCGCGGAGGUACUAACCUGAGAUCAGGCUCUAUUUUCGUUUCGCUUUGAAAAUUACAUUCCGGAGGGCAAGACGAAACGAAAAGAGAGCCUGAUACAAACCUUUAACGAAAUGUCUGCCGCCCACUUUUUUGAUUGAUUGACAUUUGCCGAAUCCGCCAAUUAGAAUUACCUGCGUUGCUUGUUUUUCUAGUAUGCGAAUUUUUCACGCGUGGGAAAAAUGUAGACUGGCUGACUUAAAAAAUAGCUUUUAUCUGUUAAUUUUUUCAGCUAAAAAUAAAACAGUCAGCACAAUCACAUUGAACUUCUUGCGAGAUUAAGGGAGAUCUCGAAGGUUACUUCUGUUGGCGUAGAAGGUAAAAAGUUUUCGAAAAGACGGCGACACGAUGUUCUACUAGUUAUUUUGGCUAAGCGCUCUGGAAUUUAAAAUACUGAAAUCUCUAUUUUUCCGUUGUCUUGAUAUUUUCCUCGGUAAUUUCCCCCUAUUUUCAGUACAUAAAUCUUUAAAAACAAAAGCAAACAGCCAACGAGCGAGGACACCAGUUUUCUUGGUUUAUUUUUAACAAAAAGCGUAGUCAAACAACCAGUAGCUACCAGUCUGUGAACACUGAAAAUUCCUUGAACAGCGAUGCGAUAUUUUUCCUCUAAUACUUCACAGUUGGCGAUUGAGGUUUCUUUCGCAGUGAGCCUCCGUUUGCGUACCCCGUUCAUAUAACUCAUUCCCGGCUAAACUUUUAAAUGAAACCAGUUUUAAGAUGGACAGUAUUUCGAUUUGCACACGUUUGUUGGUAAAUCAAAAUGCACCUUGUUAGCGAUCAACAACUUGCAGAGGGUUUCAACUCCGCGAUACACUCACUUUCCGUAAAUAAAGCAAAUCCUGAGAAGAUAUGAACAACCACAUGAAUUUUCUGAAUUUCCAUGGCACAUAUUAAGGCAUAUUUUCCUACCAUAAGACCAUGAAACAACAAAAACGACGGCAAAAACGAUCCUUCUCUCCGCCGACGGCGGAUCAUUCACGAAAACAACCACGCGAGGAAUAAGAGCUUUCAACUUCCGGCGUUUCAGACAGCCAAUCAGAUCUUGUGGCAUUGUUCUAACAGCCAAUCAGCGUUACGGCCAAAAUCUGGCCAUAACGAGCACAAACUUGUAAUAGUUUGUAUCAGGCCCAAUUUCAGCGGUAGCCGUUAGAGAGAAUGUAUGAGAACCGCUCAAAUUGGGCCUGAUCUCAGGAUACGGAGGUACACCAGAACAGACCACAUUUUGUGGAGAGACUUCAUCUGUACAAUAUAUUUCUUUGUGUCCGCAGACAUUUUUAUCAUUGAUAUUUCGAAAACAUGGAAUGGAAAUUUCGCGUCUUAUUUUUCUUGGUCAUCUUCGUAAUAUUUGGAGUACUGAUAAUGCUAUCGUCGUCAGAAAUCAAGAAAGGUAAGAGUGCAAUAAAUUUAAAAAAUAAUGGCGUUAUUCAUGGUUUUUGUUACCUCGACUAUGACUAAAACUGAAUCGGGAUUUAACAUUAAGAUGAUCGCAUUUUUUUGCUUUACCGUAUUUGCUGCAAGACCUUUUAAACUGAAUAGUUCUAUAAACAGUUACCCUUAUUAAGGAUAGUAAGGAUUUAUUUCUGCCAUCAUUCAGAUAAAAUUUAAAUUCAUCAUUUUAAAAAUAUAAUAUUCAAAAAGUCUCGUCCAAAGAAGUGGUCUAAUUAACAACCUGCUGGAAAUUAAAAGACGUCUCAAAGAAUCUUGCUGUUUGCAGUAUUCUAUUCUCUCAGCAUGAUAUCAAGUCACAAUUUUCAAAAGCUCUUUCUUUCAAUCGACAGACGAGAUCACGUGACUUCAUGAGGCACGUAAAAUUAUUCCGUUUUGUGGCGGUCGCUCUGAGUGAGGAAAUUCUGUUAAACAUGUUUAUGCCAGAGUAAACAAGCAACAAUUUGACUUCAGCGAAGUUUAAGAGCCAAUCUUGGACUUAUUCUGCCUUCAAGAUUUCCAAAAAAAUCUCUUGUACACGCAGACUUAAACAAAUUUCCGAUCUAGUGUUCCUAAGGGUUGACUGGCGCUGGUAAUUAGUUAUCAGUGAGUUAUGACAUGCAUGUCACCCUGUGCUUACAAGUCAUACAUUUAUUUUGUUCUGUUUCAAAACAAAGCCGACAACCAUCAUGCUAUAAUUUUCUUCCCCUUUAAUCUUCCACAUCACUCACGUAUUACUUCGUUCUUGUUGACACGAGAACAUAACGUUCCUUUAAAACUGUUCUUCUUUGCUCCUUUCUUUAAGUGUGGCCAAGGCUUCACACACAUUACACUCUUUUUUUUUUAUAAGAAUAUUGUUUUUCCGUCCCAGGCUGAAUAUUCUUAUUUUUCUGCCGAUUUUAGGCUGAAAAUAUUCUUGUAUUAUUCUUAAAUUAUAGCUUAUGACAUUUCCGUUUUAGAAUUUAUUGGGGUAUAUGUAUAUAUAUUAUAUGUACCGUUCAUCGAACUGUCAUUAGCGUUGAACAUUUUGCUAUAGCUAGUGCGGGUUUUUUCGUUUUGUUGGCUAGUUUCGCCGUUCAGAGAAAGGAAUAAUUUUAUACGGUUAAGUUAAAAACAUAAAAUUGUAUUGUAUUUACAGAUGUUUCAACACACAAAAUUAUAGCUAUCCUUUUCAAAAUCUCAGCCUUGGUUUUAUUCUUAAAAUAUUCUUAAUAUUUCGCAAAUUUCAGCCUCGAUAUUCUUAUAAAAUAUAUUCUUAUAAAAAAAAAAGAGUGUACAGGAUUUUGAGUUUCUAAGCCUCGGCAAAAAUUAUGGAUGAAAAGUGUCCGUUCAUUCCGGAGGGUUUAGAAUGCCGAGCACGGAAAGAAAAAAGCUUUUAUCCUAGAAUUUUGUGGCUUUUUUGUCGCCUUGGAAUUGCCAUGUUUUGGCUAGAAUGCCAGUUCUGACGGUUGAAAUGACCUGCGGCUUGAUUUGAUACGUCUUGCCAUUUAUCAUUUCUCGGCGUUUCGCCUAAGUGAAUCUUUUUACUUAGGCUAUGUUCACGCUUUACCGGAUAGCUUUGCGCUGCCACGAAAAUCAUAACGGAUGGGGCUUCUGUUCGCACACAAACACGGCGAUUGCGGCGCGACUGCUGUGACGACGAUCGGAUAGGUUUUCAGUGUGCAAUACUUUAGUGCAGUGUGAACCAAGAGAGACAGACAUUCUCUCUUGGUGUGAACACAAUAAGUAGGAGUAAGUAGGAACGAGGACUGAAUAUUCAGGAGUGAGGACUGUACCAACCCUCUAGGAACGACUUGUCGAUCCCCCUCCAGGCUGUUGCUGUUCGUACUGCACCCGACGUCAUGCAGCUUUUCGUGGCGCAACGAAAAGCUAUCCGCUAUCCGAUAUAGUCUAUUUAUUUAUUUACCAGCUUUUCUGGACAUAGGCCUGCCCAGAGGGAAUACGCACGAACGGGACUCGGGUCUCAUACGAGGUGCCAUCCCUACCCAAUCCCACAACCCGCAAAGGUUGACCACACCACCGGGGUCUACGACCGCUACUCUUUUCCAAUAGUGAUGGGGGUUCUUCUACGUCCCACAAGAACAAAUCAGUGAAAGUGCUGUGAGACGGGACCUACGGUUUUACGUCCUUAUCCGAGAAGACUAGAAAGUCUAACCAUUUGCAGAUGUCAUUACAAAGGCAGCACUUUCCUCUCAGUUAAUUAAAGACCCUGAGUCUUGGUCCGACCGGGGUUUGAACCGCCGAGACCGGCGCUCUCCCAACUGAGCUAACCAGGCGGCGGUCAAGACGAUCUGAACAUAACCUUAUAUUAGUUUUCCUAGUAUCGCCCAGGCCUGAGUAAGGCCAUUGUCUGUUGAAACGCAGUGAUAUAAAUUUUUCUCUCUUUUCAGUUUCAGAAGCGCGGAUUGCAAUCCAGACUGAUGUGUCUGUAAGUAAUAGAACAUAGUGUAACUAUUAAUUAAAUUGAGUAAAAAUCAAAAUGCAGCCCUUAAUCGGCCUAGUCAAUUAGAUACCUCAGCACUUAAAUGGACGACCAUGUGAUAAGAAUUUUGUAAUGACAUAUAUUCAUUGAAUAUGCGUCUUAGGCAGGUUUGGAUGUAGCUAUCAAGAAAGACUGAAAACCCAACUGUUUUCUUAUUUUCACAGACAGUGACGGCCAUAUCAGCACAAGAACUUUUGCUGACUAAACUAGCUGAAAGACAAGAAAUGAGGAUACAACAACUGAAAAAUUACUGCUUGGAACAUUCAAACGAAAAGUUACCGUGGGACAGAAAAGGGCAACUCGACCAAUUUCUUGUCGACGAUGACAAUAAAUUUAUUUACUGUGCCGUUCCCAAGGUGGGAACCACACCCAUGAGGAUGACGCUACUGCGUUUGAGGAACGACAGCAGAAUAAAACUUACGGAAGGUUCAGUUCAUCUUCCUAAAUACUGGAGGCGUUUAAGUGAUCAAGAAUUCAACGAAACAGAGUUAUCCAAACGUCAAAAUACACAUUUCAACUUUCUGUUUGUUCGAGAGCCGUUUCACCGACUUCUGUCCGGCUACAAAGAUAAAUUCUUUGGAAAAAACAGAGUUUAUACCAACGGGUAUCGUCAACUGAUAGUGAGAGCUUUGAGGCCAAAGGACGAGGAGAAGGUUGCAACAGAGACGAAUAACGUUACAUUCACCGAGUUUCUAACGUAUCUCUUAUCUGAUAGAAACCCGAUGAUUCGCGAUGGUCACUGGAAGCAAGCACAAAAACUUUGCUUUCCUUGCGCUUUUGACUUCGACUUUAUUGGCCAUUUUGAGACGCUUCAAGAGGACGCAGAUUAUUUGCUGAGCAAAACGGGUUUUAAUGACCGUGUUAAAUUCCCAGUCGUACGUACGUCACAGGUUUCUAGUGAUUUUUUAGAGUAUUACUCAGAAGUUCCAAAGGAAAUAAUAUUCAAACUGGGAGAAGCUUUCAGGAGUGACUUUGAAAUGUUCGGCUAUGCAUUCCCUGGACCUCUAAAAAGUUUACUUAAAAACUAUUUUAAUAAUAGUACCCAAAGUUAA